GUGGCUUUGGUAGACACAGAAUAACGCGCAUCCAGUCCGGUGUCCAUCUGGACUGGAUGGACGUCCGGUGCCGUCACAGUUACGCACGGAGCAACGCAGCGCUGGGAUUGGAAAAUAUUUUCGGGGCCGCUGGUCGCUUUAAGUUCCUCCCAUCCGCUCGUCAGCUGCCUGCCAGCCAGAGGUUACGCUACUCCGGCAGCAAAUAUGUGAUUUACCCGCACGCAGAACACUACAGCUCCGCUAAAGGUUCCACAUUUCUGCGCCUCUGACCGCAAACCGCCGCCGCCGCUGAAACGUCUAUGCGCCGCCGCAGCUGCUGCGUUGUGAAGGUCUGCUGAGGAGGUUUCUGGACGGGACAGCGGAGCAUCGAUUGAGGUCCACCGCUCGCCGCCUCCCCGCCCAGAGAUGCUGCCCUGCCUGCGGACCGUCCUGCGGCCUGCCUUCUCCCUCCGAGCCGGGACUGGGGUGGCCUUAGCGGGGCUCAGGAACCACCAGGCGUCCCCGCCGCUGUCCGCGCUGGUGCAGCGGUGUCACCUGGGCACGCACCCGCUGAAGGAGCCCGUGGAGCCGUUGAACUCUCCCCGCGGAGCCAAGGAGUUUAUUUAUAGCCUCCAUCCGUCCGAGCGCACCUGUCUGCUGCGGGAGCUGCACAGGUUCGAGUCCAUAGCCAUCGCUCAAGGUCAGCUGGAAAUCGCACCACCUACUGCAGCGCAGUUAAGAUACGUUCUGCUGCACAACGCUCUUCCCUUCGUCGGGUUUGGAUUCCUGGACAACUGCAUUAUGAUUGUUGCUGGAACACAGAUCGAGUUAUCCAUCGGCGUCGUCCUCGGAAUUUCAACUAUGGCAGCUGCUGCCCUUGGAAACCUGGUGUCUGAUCUGGCAGGACUCGGGCUGGCAGGUUACGUGGAGGCCUUGGCGUCUCGGUUGGGGAUGCAGAUUCCAGAUCUCAGCCCAAAGCAGGCCGACAUGUGGCAAACCAGAGUCAGCUCUCACUCGGGCAAAGCCAUCGGCGUCGGCAUCGGCUGCAUCCUCGGCAUGUUUCCGCUGCUCUUCUUCAAGGACGACGACGAGAAGAAAGACGGCCAGACGGAGGAGAACGUUCAGCCGCCUCCUGCUCCGACAGAAGGCAGCAAAAACUGAAACUAGCAACUGACUGGAGACAAAUACUAUUUGGAAUCCGUUCGAAUAUCUGACUGAAUGUGAGUCUUGCCUUGUGGACUGGAGGAGCGUUUCGCCACCUAGCAAGGUUCAGUCACACUGUCAGAGGUAUUCUGAACAGUAUUUUAGAUAAUAUUUGACUGUAGACUCUGAACAUAAGCACAGGAAACUGUUCAGGAGAUGAGCUUGGACUGCUGCUGCACCGUAACCUCACCUUGUCAACGGGCAGAAUCUCAUUUAUCCAACACACCCUGAAGUGGCCUCUGCUUGAGUCAGUUCAUGGAACUAAUAUAAAGCUCUGACUGUAGAUGGUCGGCUGACAAAAUAUCCCAAGUUUUGGAACCAGUGCAAAGAAACACUACUAGAGCUCAUUUAGUAAAAAAAAUCUUGUUGAAGAUUUGUUUUCUGUCAGAAAUCUCGAUAGCUACGACUUAACGAAGAGCAGAUUCAGUGUUUAAACACGCUUUAAAGAGCUUUCCUGUUUCUCCUCAUUCGAUUUUGUUGCAUCGAGGAAAACGUGUUUCAGUUUGAGGUCUUAAAAAGUCCUUCUUCAGCUGCAGGCAGUUCAAUAUCUAACCUUAUAACUGCUUCUUUAGAUUAUUUAUUCUCUUUAUUUUGUCACUCAGGAGCUACAUGUUGGCUUGUAGCUCUGCCAAAGCAGUAACAUUCCCCAAAUAUCUCCCAUGUGUGCCGUAUAUAAACAGGUCACUCCAGUUUUAGAGUCUUUUUAAAGAGCAGUUUGCAGAAGAAAAGAGGAACGAGAGGCCAAGGGAGGAAGAAACAGACAAUAUUUGUGGCAGAAAGAUGAAUAACAGCAACAGUGAACCACCUGAGACCUCUGUCCAUCUGAAAUGACCCUCCUCCUCCAAUAUUACAGGAUUUAUCUCCUGCAGUUCUGCUUUAGCUCACUGCAGCCAAAAUACAACACAAAACCUGCAACUACAUCCAGGAGGGUGGUUAAAGUUUUGUUACAUUAUGCGAGAUAUUUGUUAGCCUGUUUUCAUCCUCUAAAAAAAGCUGUUACCGCUUGUACGAGCGCACAACUACAGUCAAGCCCUAAAUGAUUCAAAUUCAAGCUAAAUUUUGAUUUGUAGUGAAUUUUUAUUUGACCAAUAUGUUUCUUCUGGCAGGAAAUGACAUAAAUAAAUAUCAAAAGAUUGUAAGACAUUGUGCUAGAAGAUCAAUUUUAACAAUUGCUAUGUUUUUUUUACAUUAUUAUUUAAAAUGUCAUGCCCAAACAUAUCAAUGGCCUGAAAUUGUCUCAAAUUUCAGGCCAUUUCAAAUGAUCCUGCUGAUUUCUGCCAGCAAGCCAGACAGAAUACAUCUAUUUGUCAAAAUUUGGCACGGAUAUGAAUAAUUUUUGGCUCCUCUGUCCAUUUCUUCCUGCACUUUGACUAUAAAGCCUGUUCUGCUGCCCUCCACUGGUGGAGACACAAAAGAGGUUUUUGUUUUCUUUCAGUUUGGUAGAAAACCUUCAACAAGUCCCUCAUCUGGUUGUAAUUCACCUGUUUGCUUCUGAACAUUAAAACUGCCAAAGUUUAGCUGCUAAUUUAUCUCUAUUUGAUUAUAUUUCUUUCUCAUUUUGACAUGCAAACAAGGAAACUUGCAGGUUUUAUUUUUGUCACCUGCUUGGCUCAUCUCAGCAGCUGCACUCAAGAUUUUAUUCUGAAAUGAAAAGUAACAGCGUUUUUAUUUUGUUGUUUUUUUUUGCUGUAACACUUGGAUUUGUGUUUAUGUCUUCUCGAUGUUUAUUCACUUUAUCUCAGAGGACGAUAUUAAGAGUAGAAAGUAUCUGUCAGCACAAAAUCCAUGUUAGCAGAAUUUCAUCAGAAGGAACCUUGCAGCUGAUAAACAUGUUCUGAAAACACUUUCAAAGGAGACUUACUCUGUAUAUGAUGUUAUUUACUAUGUGGGAAACAGUGAUACUAAAGAGUGAUAAAAAUGAAGAAAAUGUAUAGAGAAAUAACAUAAAUAUGUAGUUAGGAUUUUGAUCUGAUUGCUUGAUUUCCACAUUGCAUGCACUACUAAUAAAAAGUACCAAUAAUAAAAAAUGUUGUAAGGUCAUGCAUCACUGAUUAAGAGGUUAAUACAGGUAUCUCAGGCUGGAAUAACAUGCAAAAGAUCAUAUUUUUGACUCUAAAAAAUAUAUUUUUAUUUCAGUUAAAAAGCACAAAGACUCUCAUGUGUUUUCCAGACACCUAAUGAUGUAUGUUUGAAAACAGGAUUUAAAAAUAUGUAUAAGGGCCUCUGCAGAGUGGAGAUGUGGACGCUGUAUGUGGUGGUUGUUGCAUGAAAGGAGAAGAAUAUUAUGAGAAAAUAGUAUCUUGAUGGGCAACAUGUGAUGUUAGCAGUGGCUUCCAAUAAUAGUGGCAAUUUGCGUCCUUGAAAUGCAUCAUAAAUUGCCUGUUUGAAGGCUUUAAGAACAUCUUUAGUGUGUAGAAAAAUAUGUGUAAAAAUCCAGUAAUAUGAGGCUGUUAUAAAUUCAAUUUGCACUGUGUCACUUAUUGUGUUUUUAAAAGGAAGGAAACCAAGAUCUACAGCUCACAGACGCUCCUCAUCUUGAAAUGUUGUAACUUUACGUUUGAAAAUCAGGUGAAGACGACUGAAAAAGCACAUUAAAUUAAUCUGUUAAAUGCAGCAUGUUGUAGGCAAAUGCAUGCAAACAAAACAACCUGUUUUUCUUGAUGUCUCCUGGUAUUUUAAGUUGUAAGGUUUUGUGCAAACAGAAGCAGAAGAUGAGAUAAAAUCAUUACUAUACCUGCUGGAAGUUCUCUCUAAUCCUUCAAACUCGAGUUCAAACACUAAAAUCUGACAUUAAAUGGGGAUUUUACUGAUAUGCAUCAAAAGAACAGACAGAUAUUCUGCAUAAAAGAGUUGAAAAACCUGAGUCCUCCUGGUUUUCUGGGGUUUUAGCAGCAGUAUUAAUGUGACUGUAGGGACGACUUGAUUUUGACACGGUGCCGAAAAAUUCAUUUGUUGCCUUUGUCAAGGCUCUUUGAAUAUGUGCUGUGUACGUAUGUAAAAAGAACAAAAAAUUAAAAAUGCCCUGAUAAAUAUCA